AUGCGGGGCGGGGAGCUGGACCUGCAGUGGAGCAUCAAGCUUCGCAGAGGGCGGCCAUGCUGCAGGCGCCGGACGCAGGUUGUGCUGUUGGGGCUGGUGACGGCCACACUGUGGGCUGGGCUGCUGACCCUGCUUCUCCUGUGGCACCGGGACACCCUGCAGGGCCUGCGACAGCUGGAGGACAUCGCUGCCCAGAACGUCUCUCAGGUUUCCAAGGACAUGGAAGGACAGAAGGGUGACCAGAUGGCCCAGAAAGCCCAGGUGGCCCAGGUGCUGCAGAACAUGGAGGAAAUGGAAGCAGAACAGAAGAGAACAGAAAUUCAGGUGGCCCAGGUGCUGCAGAACAUGGAGGAAAUGCAAGCAGAACAGAAGAGAACAGAAAUUCAGGUGGCCCAGGUGCUGCAGAACAUGGAGGAAAUGCAAGCAGAACAGAAGAGAACAGAAAUUCAGGACUUUGAGCUCUCUCGGAACCUGGAUGGACUUGCAGAGGACCUGAGCAACUUCAAGUCCAAGGGCUUAAAUGAGAGACGCUCGGCCUUGAAUUCGUUGGAAGGACUCCAGGAGGAGGUGGCAAAGCUGUGGAUAGAGCUCCGCGUGUCCAACGGCUCCGUGUGUAACACAUGCCCUGAGAAGUGGGUCAGUUUCCAGCGGAAGUGCUACUACUUCGGAGAGGGCGCCAAGCGGUGGAUCCAGGCGCGGAAUGCCUGCAGCGGGCUCCGGGGGCGGCUGGUCAGCAUCCACAGCCAGGAGGAGCAGGACUUCCUGGCCACACACAGCAACAAGAAGGGCUCCUGGAUCGGCCUCCGGGACCUGCAUACAGAGGGAGAGUUUGUCUGGAUGGACCAGAGCCCCCUGGACUAUAGCAACUGGCGGCCGGGGGAACCCAACAACGGGGGCCAGGGCGAGGACUGCGUGAUGCUGCUGGGCUCCGGGCAGUGGAACGAUGCCUUCUGCAGCAGCUAUCUCGACGGCUGGGUAUGUGACCGGCUGGCCACCUGCUGACGGCCCGCCGGCCGCCUCGGUCCCCCAGACGUGGACCCUGACAGCCCCCUGCCUACCCGCCACAUGUGCCCCUCCUUGUGACUCCCCCACCUCAAAUACGGGAACAGCUAGGGCCAAACUGGGACCCCGAGCACCCCAACCAAGGCCUGGGUGCCCCUUUCAUGGCUGUAGAGUCCUGCUGACAACUCCUCCUGCCCCAAGGACAGUGACCCUUCCCCGGCUCCUGCCAGCUCCCCAGAGGGCCUGUCCCUCGCCCUGCAACCCAACCUGCUGUCACCGCCUCCCUGCCUUCCAGUGCUCAGAGCUCCCCCCUCAAGAACCCCUGCCCAUCAGCCUGAGUGCUGGGCGCUCCCUCCUGGUUGGGCACAGGUCCAGAGGUUCCAGCCCCACUCCCACUCAGCAGCCCAGGCAGCACCAGGCCCAGGCUUGGCCACCGUCAGCCCAGCACCGAAGGCAGGAGGGAGGCAGGCCAGGCUCUGAGGCCACCCCUCCUUAAUGCCCCACCCCCAGUACCUGGCCCGCUCCUGUGACCCUCAGGUCCACUGCAGCAGGAGGACGAAUCAUGGCAGGUGCCCACACUGGACCACCUGGGACCCUGGGAGUCAAGGGCCAGACCGAGGUCCAACCAUGACCCAGGGGCCUGGGGAGGGCACUCUAUUGGCACCUGGGAGUCCUGGGCUCAGGAGUAAGGGACAGAGCUAGACCCUUGGCAUCCCAGAUCACCUUUUCUCUCUGCCUGCUGCCCACCCCCAGAUUGGUCUCCCCCGGCCCCCUCCUCAGAAUGCUCCGUGUGGGAACUCAUGACUCCACUCUACCAGUCCCUCGGGCCAACAGUGGGUCGUCCUCGCCUUCCCUUCCCUCCAAACCCAUAAGGAAAGCUAUGGGCUCUGCCAUGAAGCCAUAUUCAGAGCCCACCCACUUUUCACCCCCUCCUCGCUCCACCUCAACUGGCCCAAACCUUCCAGAAGUUUCCUUCUAGCUCAGAGAAAAAGCCAAAGUCCUAAAGGACUUUGCCAUCGCAGAAUCCCUCCCAUGCACCUCACCUCCUCAGCUUCAUCUCCUCUCUCCUCCCACCACCCCGGCCUCCUCGCUGUUCCUUAAACAC